GUUGGCUGGUGAAGAGACGCGCAUGCGUACCGUGAGCAGUUCCUGAGAACAUGGAGGUGUCCGUCAGCGCUCCGAGCUUCAGAUGCUCCAGCUUCGUGUUCCCGGACGGUUCAGUGGUCGGAGACCUUCUGACCCGGUUCGUCCAGCAGCAGGAUUUCUAUGUGGUCAGAAACGGCCGGCGGUCGGACCUCCAGGAUCCUCUGCAGCAUGGAUCCGUCUAUCACCUGGAACCACGGCUCUGUGGAGGGAAGGGAGGGUUCGGCUCCAUGCUGCGAGCUCUCGGCGCUCAGAUAGAGAAGACCACCAACCGCGAGGCCUGCAGAGAUCUGAGCGGCCGACGGCUGCGAGACGUCAACCACGAGAAAGAGUGAGUCUCAGAUGGUGACCCGGUUACCAUGGAAACACACAGAUGAUGUUAAUGAAUCUAUUUAAACAAACAUGAUGAACAUUAAGUUCUCUGAUUUCAGCUUCUGCAGACAAGAUGUUCUGGUUUCUUUGCCACAUUUAAUUAAACUCUGAUCCACAUUUUGCAACAAAAACACGAUGACAUCAUACGACAGCUUCUGUUCACGGUCAGAAGAAAUCUGUAAAAUACAAAACCAAGUCUCUGAACUUAUGCGUGGGAAAACACCAAAGCACUGAGUUAAUUAUCUAAAUAGUUUAUGACUGAUUAUUGGACUGUAAAGAGUAGAACACUUAAAAACAACCACAUAGAGACACAAAACAACCACAGAGACACAAAACGACCACAUAGAGACACAAAACAACCACAUAGACACAAAACGACCACAUAGACACAAAACGACCACAUAGAGACACAAAACAACCACAUAGACACAAAACGACCACAUAGACACAAAACAACCACAGAGACACAAAACGACCACAUAGAGACACAAAACAACCACAUAGACACAAAACAACCACAGAGACACAAAACGACCACAGAGACACAAAACGACCACAUAGAGACACAAAACAACCACAGAGACACAAAACGACCACAUAGAGACACAAAACAACCACAGAGACACAAAACGACCACAGAGACACAAAACGACCACAUAGACACAAAACGACCACAGAGAGACACAAAACAACCACAGAGACACAAAACGACCACAUAGAGACACAAAACGACCACAUAGAGACACAAAACAACCACAGAGACACAAAACGACCACAUAGAGACACAAAACAACCACAGAGACACAAAACGACCACAUAGAGACACAAAACAACCACAGAGACACAAAACGACCACAUAGAGACACAAAACGACCACAAAGACACAAAACGACCACAGAGACACAAAACAACCACAGAGACACAAAACAACCACAGAGACACAAAACGACCACAUAGACACAAAACAACCACAUAGACACAAAACGACCACAGAGACACAAAACGACCACAGAGACACAAAACAACCACAUAGACACAAAACGACCACAAAGACACAAAACGACCACAAAGACACAAAACGACCACAGAGACACAAAACAACCACAUAGACACAAAACGACCACAGAGACACAAAACAACCACAGAGACACAAAACGACCACAUAGACACAAAACAACCACAUAGACACAAAACGACCACAGAGACACAAAACGACCACAGAGACACAAAACAACCACAUAGACACAAAACGACCACAGAGACACAAAACGACCACAGAGACACAAAACAACCACAGAGACACAAAACGACCACAGAGACACAAAACGACCACAGAGACACAAAACAACCACAUAGACACAAACGACCACAAAGACACAAAACGACCACAGAGACACAAAACAACCACAGAGACACAAAACGACCACAGAGACACAAAACGACCACAUAGAGACACAAAACAACCACAGAGACACAAAACGACCACAUAGAGACACAAAACAACCACAGAGACACAAAACGACCACAUAGAGACACAAAACAACCACAGAGACACAAAACGACCACAUAGAGACACAAAACAAC